AUGCUCGAGUUUGAAGGCAGCAGUCUCUUCCGGCACCAUAUUGUGUGCAGUUUGCUCACCAACAAGCCGGUCCGCAUCUUGGGCAUUCACGACGAUGCGGAGCCGGAGGGGAUUCAGGUAUGCGAGGCCAACUUCCUCAAGUUCAUCGAUCGCGUAACGACAGGUUCUAAGUUCGAGUGCACAGAAAACAACACCACCCUGACGUUUUACCCGGGCAUGAUCCUUGGCGGGACGUUUUCGCAUGAGGUUCCUACCAGCCGCUGCGUGAGCUACAUCGCCGAGGUUGCCGUCCUCCUCCUUCCCUUCGCGAAGCUGGACACACGGCUGACGCUGGUUGGUUCGACGCAGGGUGAGUUGGACCUCUCCGUUGACACACUCCGAACGGUGACGACGCGCUGGUUGCAGCUUUUUGGUGUAGAGUGCAGUGUGCGAAUCAUUCGUCGCGGAGCACACCCAGGCGGGGGCGGGGCCAUUGACCUGCAGUGCAAGGCGGUGCGGAAGUUAAACUCCAUUGAUGCCACAACACGAGGUCGGGUUCGCCGCAUUCGAGGGAUCUCGUUUGGAUCUCGUGUCGCGGCGGAUCUCGCCCAACGUGCGGCCACUGCCGCGAAGGGCGUGCUUCUAAAUCUUCUUCCUGACGUCUACGUGGUGACGGAUUUAGACAACUCCAAGCAACACCAUGGGGAGCCAUCGAGUGGUUACGGGGUCGUUUUGGUGGCCGAGACGACCAGCAAGCAUUGCGUGAUAUCACAGGAGGCAACCGCCGCACCACAGGAACCUCCGGAGACUGUUGGGAAACGCACCGCUGAACUUCUUCUUGACCAAGUGUUUGGAGGUGGCUGCGUGGAUGCGCAUCACCAGAUGCUUGUGCUGCUUCUUAUGGCACUCAGCCCAGACGAAGUGUCAACGGUGCGGCUUGGCCAGUUGACAGGGAGCAUUGUCUCCGCCGUGAUGUUACUGGAGGCCUACUUCGGGGUGUCGUGCGCAACGAAGGAAGAGCCAUCGCCGAUGGGAGAUAAUCUGCCUCCCAGCACCCUCAUUACCUGCGUUGGUAGUAACACCGUUAACGUGUGGAAGAAAAGUGGGUAG